CUCUAGCAGAAGCGGCUGUGGCGGGGAGCAGCGGCGGCGGCCGUGAGGAGAGGGCAGGAGCAGGGCCGGGCAGGCACCGGGCCGGGACCGGGCCGCAGGCUGACCCGAAGACCUGUACCAAGGAGUUGCACAAGAGGAGGAGAUAGAAACUGGAAGCUCUCUGAAUGUGCUGUCCACAGACUUAAGGCUUCUUUGGAGACUCAAGAUGAUCUCUGAGAAGAGAUGCUUUCUGGAGGGGUUGUGCUGAAGACAGAGCACUGCAGUCUCUAACUGGGACAGCUCCUGCUGGUCUGGAGCUGAGAUUGACUUCUCUCCCUCCCUUUUCCCUUGGAGAUGUUGCAGAGAUUUAAUCUGACCUCUUCCUCCUCACCUGAAGCCUGCCGUGGCGAUGAUCCCACAGCCAGAUCCGACCACCAAAGAGAAGAGGAUUGUGUGUUUGAAACUGGGCCGUCGUUGUAACUGAACUGGAAUUUACUCCCUGCUUGCAUUCCUGGAACGAGUGCUCUUUCUCUGCUUGUCUGUGUGUGUGUUUUGAGCCGCUCCUCCCUCAUCUUGUUUGGGAUUCCUGGGCUUGCCACGCUGAAUUUGCCCAUGGCUUUCCUGAUGAAAAAGAAGAAAUUCAAGUUUCAGACAAGCUUCACUCUAGAAGAGCUGACUGCUGUCCCCUUCGUCAAUGGGGUUCUGUUCUGCAAAAUCAGGCUGCUAGACGGAGGAGACUUUGCUAGCUUAUCCACCAGAGAGGAAGUGCAGGAAAACUGUGUCCGCUGGAAGAAGAAAUUCACCUUUGUGUGUAAAAUGAGUGCCAACCCAGCCACAGGACUCCUGGACCCCUGCAUCUGCCGAGUGUCUGUCCGGAAGGAGCUGAAGGGCGGAAAAACCUACUCAAAGCUGGGCUUUGCUGAUCUCAAUCUGGCAGAGUUUGCGGGCUCUGGAUCCACUGUGCGUUGUUGCUUGCUGGAAGGAUACGAUACUAAGAACACCCGACAGGACAACUCCAUCCUAAAGGUCACGAUUGGAAUGUCCCUGCUGUCAGGGGACCCCUGCUUCAAAACGCCUCCCUCCACUGCCAAAUCCAUCACCAUACCGGGACAGGACUCUUCCCUGCAGCUGACCUGUAAGGGCGAGGGAACCACGAGCAGCAGCAGCAGCAGCAGCGGUUCAGCCACGAUUGGCUCCUUGCGUCAGACCAAGCCAAGAGCUGCCAUUCUCAGCUCGGGUGUCCCAGAAGAACCGGAUCAGAACCUAUCCAGCCCAGAGGAAGUCUUCCACUCAGGGCACUCGCGGAACUCCAGCUACGCCAGCCAGCAGUCCAAGAUCUCUGGUUACAGCACAGAGCACUCCCGCUCUUCGAGUAUGUCUGACUUGACCCAUCGCCGGAACACCUCCACCAGCAGCAGUGCAUCUGGGGGGCUGAGCAUGACAGUGGAGUGCCCUGAAGGAGAGCGGGACCACAAGCUGGAGAAGCCACCUCGCCCCCCUAGGCCAGCCAUCCUGCUGGAUAGACCCUCCCGGAGGAAAAAGGAUUCAGUGGAGAGUCACCCAACACGAGUGGAUGACACCAGGAUCGAUGCUGAUGAUAUAGUGGAGAAAAUAAUGCAGAGUCAGGACUUCACAGAUGUCAGCAAUACUGAAGACAGUAACCUGAGGCUGUUUGUAAGCAGAGAUGGAACAACUACAUUGAGCGGUAUUCAGCUGGGAAACAGGGUCUCAUCUGGAGUUUACGAGCCAGUGGUGAUUGAAACCCACUAAAUGUGAAGAACAGGGUAGAGCUGCUGGAAACAGGCCCCCUACCCAGUCCGCUGCCACAUGGAUGCCAACCUUUACCUCUCUUCAUGCAGCAUUCCAGAAGGGAUUUCUCCACACCCCUCCCCAUACAUUUGCACUGCAGAACUACUCCGAGACCACUCCAGAUCAUGCACUUUUUCCUGAGUUGGCAUUACCCUUCUCCACUUCCCAGUUCUUCCAGUGCCUGCCUUCCCCCUGUUUCUGUUCGGAUGUAAGGUGUCUGUUGGGCUUAUCCUUAGUCCUAGAGGAUGUUGCUCGUGUGCAUCCCUCACUCCACCCAUUCACUUGCAGCAGGGGACUUCUCAUCUUCUGUCUCCCCAAAGCAUUGGGUUUAUACCACUGUGAACUCUUGAAACCACUGGGGGAGAGGGGGAAACCGUUGUAACCAAACCGAGAGCUGCUUGUGGGUGACACGGUGAAAUGGCCACUUGCAGGAUGCUUUAUCCCAUUGACUGUGCAAGGGAACAUCACCUUCCAAGGCAACGGUUUUUACGGAACAAGGUAUGCUAUGGUGUACACUUCACCUUCCUGCCCUCAAAUCCCCAAACAUCCUCUUGUCUCAUAGGAAAUACUUCCCAAAAGUGCAUUUCAGAAAACUACCACGAUCCAGAUGGGAGUUAAUAACAGUUAAAUGCUAAUGCUGUUAUACCACUAACUGCAUUACACCCUUCCACUGCUGGGCAUGGAAGGGCAGUGUUCAUCUGUUAGCAUUAGCAGGAGCACUUUAGAGGUUCCAGAUUUUACCUGGAAGAGGCUUCUACUUGGUGUUCCAGGAGUGUGAUCCCUGUUUGCUGCACUGAGCCAGCAAAUCAUCACUGUUGGAGCUUGGAAUACAAAGCCUCUUUUUUUUGUUGUUUUCUUCUUUUUUUGUUGUUAUUUUAGGCUCAGGAAGGGAAGUGCCCUUCUUGAACUGUGAAAAGAAUCUGGCUAUCUGAUAGCUCUCCCCUGGGCCAGGGCAGGGUGCAGUUGACUGUGGUGGUCUCUCUGUUGUGGUGGUGAUUAACAAUUGCCUCUCUUGGCCUGCUCCGGGGAGGGAAUUGCUGUUGGUUGGCCUUUCUUGCCCUGUCAGUGGGGAUCUGUGCCUGUGCUGGUUCUUUCUGGGGCUGGGGAGAAGCCACUGUCUCUGCCUUCACAGGUAGGAUGGGUGUCUUCUGCUGUGUUAGCCACGGCAGCCGUUCUUACCUGCUCUGUGGCGAGUGAACUCUUCUGACAAGGCUUCAAACUGUUCUCUGGUUGAUCUUUCAAUUGUUCCUCUUUGGGUUUGGUUCCUGCCGUUGGUUGAUGCUUGAGUUGCCUCUUUUCCUUGCAGUGUGUGGCAGAGAUGUUGGUUGGUCCCUUUCAGCUCUCACUUAGAUUCUCCUGGCAGCUGAUCUGCAGAUAAGGAUGUAGGCAAAGUCCAGCCAGGGGCUGUGCUUGCAGCCCUUCCUGUACAGAGACUCUCAGCUGAGAAGCUAUUUCCUUGUAGUGCCCUUUCCUCUUUUGCCAGUGGACUGUGGUGCACUCGGAGCAAUGGCACCCUCUUGGGCACGGCUGGGAACGUGCCCUCCUCUGACACACGUGUGUGUGCACACACUUGUCCCAUUCAGUGAGGAGAAACUUGUAACUGAUCACGUUGUUGUUCCAAUUCUUAGCUAUUGGAAAGCCUUUUCUUAAUGGGAAAGUAAAAAGGGUGAGCUAUGGUCUCUGUAGCCACAAUGCAUGCAGAUGAGCUACUGGAAAAGGGAAUUUGGCAGAAUGAGAAACAAGGAAUGAAAGGACCUGAUUUAUAGUUUCUGCCCUGCUAGCUAAGGAUGGCUGCAUGGGAGUGUGCUAGGCAGGGUGGCAAAGCUAUACAGCUGCUCACUGUGAUUUGACAGUUUCUCUCUUUGAGUCAAGAGGUUUCUUUCUGCAUUUGGACAGACCACAUGUAGGAUAUGGAUCUUUUUUCACCCUUUCCCUUCAAAGGGAAUUAAAUUUGGAUUAGGGUAAGGAGGGGGUACAGACAACACCUUGCUUUGGUUUAAUGUAGGGAAGAAGUAUCGGAUCUUUUGAGUCUGUCUAGAACAAAAGCUCUUUCACAUUUGCUGAAGGUUCUUAAUGGUGAUCUCUUCAUUCAGUCUGGGUAGGUUUGGCACUUGCUUGCAGGCUGGUGAGCAUCCUGCCCUGCUCCUGGGGUGCUGUGUGUCUGCAGGAAGGGGAGGACCACUCGCUUUUCUCUCUCCCUGGGGCUUUGCCAGAAAGCCAGGCCUGGCCUGACCCUCUGCUCUGGCCAGGGUGAGGGCAGCAGCAGGCUCAGCCAGCAAUGGGUGUUCAGCCUGCCUGUGGAGCUGCUCCAUAGCACAGAGCCCCGGCUGCUCCCCAGGGGCCAGCAAAGCCCCUUGUGGGGGGAAUCAGGUCCAACCAGGACAUAAAAGGAGCAAACAUAAGCCAGGAAAGAGGCCAAAACCCAGCUCACUUGUGCUGCUCUGCUUCUGUUCCCAUGGAGAACAAUGGCACUGGCUGUCAGAGCGGUUGGCUUUCUCCUGGGCUCCAUUGGCAAGAGUCAGCUGCUCCGAGGUGCUGGCAGCUCGGCCUGUCAUGAAAUCACCAGUGGGACACACAGAGGGAGGAAUCUCUUCCCAGCAAAGCAAAAGGAGAAGCAGUUGAGCUUUCCAGAAAGCUGGUCUCAUCUUCCCAGGCUGGCAGAGGCAUAGCCUGCUCCAUCCCAUAGCUGUGGCCAACCUGGGCACAUCUCUGCCUUCUUCUCCAGUGGCGUGGCACAUCACCGCUUGUGGGUUUUGAUAACUGUCUCAUGGGGUGUCUGUUCCUUGUCUCCACGUUAUUGACUCCACAGAUCCUGGUCUUUAUGUAGCUUUUUAGCUCUCCUACCCUUGGUUUUGAAUUAGAAAGCAGCCGUAGCCGUUCAGCCUGGUGCAGCACAGCCAGGGCUGUGGCACCCAGAGGGAGGAAGGAGCACUCUGUUCCUAUUCCUGGAUCCCACACAGAGCUCCCACUGCAGUGCCCAUUGGUGGGCAUGGAGGCCGUGGUGCUGGCAGUGGGAUCCCUUGUCCUGCAGACUCGCUGCCACCUCGGGAAGCUGCAUCUCACAAGCACUUUUCUCCGUGUGGCAUCGCUUGCCCUCUGUUCCUCAGUGGACUUUGAGCAUUGAAGCAGUGCAUCGGUUUCAGACCCAAACCUCUGGUUGGUUUUCUUUGGGGUUUUCUUUUUUGUUGUGAAGUUUAUUGAGUUUUGUUUUUUUUUUAAUCAACCCAGCAGGCUGGUGGUUUUUUUGACUUGCAUUAUUGUUUCAUUGAUAUUUUAUUCCUGGGGAGGGGGUUGAAGGGGGAGGAUGCUCUUCCCCACAUCAUUCCCCUUCUCAGGGGAUUCAGAGGUGGCUUAAACUAAAAGGACCUUAUUGGCAAGACUCUGCAUCCCUACGGUCUGUGAUGCUGGUGAGCAGGGCUGCUCCUGCCUGGCUGAUCCAGAGAGCAGAGCUGGCCUCUGCUUUGGACUGGAGGCCGGGUGAGAUGUGUGGGCUCUGCUCAACCAGUUCCUGGACCUUUAGUUGGUGGAAGCCGAUUGCAAAGAGUUGAGAAAUUCAUGAUAACUUUUUUUGGUUUACUAACUUUCUUUUCUUUUUAAACCAAUCUAAACUGAGUGAAUGUCCAUAAGAACAGGCUUAGCUGUGACUUGGUGAAGGAGAUGGCUUUCAAUUGGAAAUUGUGAUGGGGGGGAGGGGGAAAAAAGGGGGGAGGAGAAGGAUGUUGUUCCUCCAUCAUCUUUUGUAUGGCCAGCACUUUAAAUGGGGGCCCUCGUGCUGUCCUGUCACUUGGGGCAGCAGGUGCGUGAUCUCUCCCCCUCCUCAUCCUCCUUACAAAUAAGCCCUUUUUAAACGCUUGCUUCAGUGUAUAGAGGGUCCCAAGCCCUGCAGAGCACCCGUUUCAGUCUCAUCUCCAUAGGAGGGGGGUGAACUUCUUAUUUAUUGUUGUCGUCGCUGUUUCUUUUGAACCCACUGGCACCUGCAGCUGGACUCUGCACGUGCGACGUGUUGUGAACCUCUGGGAAAACCUCACUCCAGGUACGCUUAGAGCACGUAGGUUAAAACACCCCUCCUGGAGAGGGGGACCCCCCUCCUUCGCUCCCCUCCUCACUGCCUUACCCGGGAGCUGCAGAUUCACCCUCCUUUACCCCAUCACCUCUUGCUCCGGUGACAGCCCUGUGGACAAGGCUGGUCCCCAAGGCGCAAGGACCUACAAACGCUGCCUGGUCGCAGGCGUUUGUCCUUAAAGAGCCACUUCCUCGCUGGGGUGUGAGCCCCAAAUUCCCCCUCACUUCCCUCCCGAGCCUGAUGCCCUCUCCAUGUUGCAUCACCCCUGCCCAUCAGGAAGGGAGCGGACAUGGGAAACUGGGAAGUAACAAGGAAUUUGGAUGCGGCUGAGCCUCGGAACUUGUCUCAAACAUAAGGAAUAAUGGUAGAGCCCGUAUUUUUGUGGGGGGGAAAGGGGAGAUGUCGGUUUAUUUUCUUGGAAGCCAAUGGAGCUCAGUGCUGUUCAGCGGAGGCGCGCACUUGAUUUCUAUCAGAUUCUAUAGAGAGAUGGCUGAUAUUUUUGGAAAGGGAAUGAAUGGGUCUAUGCAAACUUCCAAAAUGGCUUGAAAAUAAAGAAGAAAAACAAAAGAGAUAGUUUAACAUUUUUUUACUUUGAAAUCUAAAGAGAAAAAAGCUCUAACUUUGUUUCUUAAAGUGCGUUUAGAAAGAGAAGCUACUUCCACUGCUCUAUUUUGAUGAUGAUGAUGAUGAUUCUUGGAGAGUUUGGGCUGGAGGGAAUGACUAUUUUUCAUCGUUUUUAUCUUGCUCCUCUAGUUUUGGGUUUUGUUUCUUUGUUUUUUUCUAACGGAAUGCUGUGCCGUCUUUGAUUCAACAGAGAUCGUGUUUGUAUUUUCUGUAUCUGGUUCCUAACGUAGAGAAAUAACAAAUAUAUGAGGAAAAUCAAUAUAAUGUCAAAUGUUGUUAUGGUUUGGGGGGGAAAUAAAGGGGUUUUGGUACUUCA